AAAUAUGCGUUCUACCCACAUAUCAGUACGCUACUUUGCAUCGAUUAAUUUGACUGUUUUAUCUAGAUUUACAGUGUUGUGUUUUGUGUGGUUUUUAAGUGUUUUUUUUUAAUACAAGAAAGCCUAAUGUCGGAACCGGACGCAAUCACGGACGUAGUGGAGUUGUGUACGCUGCUGCAAUGUUUGGGGUUCACUGUGAAGUCUUUGGACACCAGCGACGGGAAUGCGAGCCAGGACGGGGGAGCAAGAACCGUUGUUAUCAAUUGCCAGUCUUCAGGGCUUCAUGUGGUGCUGGAAAGCGCGAGUCUGUCGUGCUCGUGUCCGGUAGCCGACCAGCAGAACAGCGGCUUCUGGCACGUGUCAGGGAUAGCGGGGGGCAAGCCACAUGAUAAGGAAUCAGGCAGCACACUUCUCCGAUCCAUCCCCAAAAUCCAGCGUGACCGUCUCUCAAAGGAACUACGCGAUAUGGUGCGAAGUAUUAAGUUUCUCAACGACUCUGAUGUAGGGAGACCAGGCCAGGCCAUUAACAAGUCCACCAGUAUGUUGGAACUGGCUAAGAACCAAUCAGGAAGUUUCGUGGAGUUGGCAAAAGAAGGGAUCAAUAAAUCUGCUAGCAUGGUGGAGUUGGGAACGCCGGAGAAAAGGCACCUUCAACUGAAAGUUGAAACUCCAACUCGGUAUAGAUCAUUGGAUACUCUUACGUCAGCCAAGGAAGACGUCGAUACAUACAAGAUGCUGCAAAAGCAACUUAUAGUAUCUGAUGCAGACGAUCCUAUGGGUAAAAAGGACAAGCUUCAGACGAUGUGCCGUCGCCAGAGCACUUACACUGUCUAUUCUACUCCAGGCAGUGUUAGAAGGCGCAACAAGACUUCUAGCCCUAUUCAAGCUCCUCAGAACAAUUUGCUGGACAAUUUGAUCGAAGCUGAAAAAGCGGCUGAGAGUCUCCGCAAUAAACUGGCGUUGGUCAUCAGAGAAUUUGUGGAAGACGGCAAGAAUGAUUCCUCUAUGUCUUCAAUGUUGGAUGUCUCCAAGAUAUCAGUCUUGAAGGGAGCAGAAGUGUCUAAGGCUCAAUUCGCAUCCAGCCCAAACCUAUCGGGUCUCGGUAUUACCCGCGAAGAAUUUUCAAAAAGCAAACUUAAGCGUUACGAAAGUGUGUCCACUUCAAACCUGGCAGCUAAAGCGACCACUGAUAAAGACGCGAAAUCCAAACUCAGUCGUUACAUUACCACGAAAACCAAUAAAGUGCAAGAUGGGAAGAGCAAAUUACAAAAUUUAUUUCGGCCUAAAAUAGUGAAACCAAUUCGCACAUUGAAGCCGAAUGCCGAAGCUAGCCCGAACCUCAGCAGUGCCUCUAAGAAGAAGUUUAGUCACGUAAAGUCAACCAUUCCGCGACCCACACCCAAGAAAGAAUAGAACAAUUUCAAAACUAUUUAUUACAAAAUUAAAUUCAUUUCGUCAAAUCUUGAUAAACUAAUAAAAUAUUCUAUGAGUUAGCAUUAAAA